UCUGUGUCCAUGUGUGUCUGUGUGUAAUGCAACACACCCAGCAUGCAGGCCUGCAUUCACUUUUAAAAGACCAUUGCAGGACCGAGGAGUCAUACCAAACCGAAACCAACCAAUAGUCAAACCUCCCGUGAACCGAGUGUUCAAUGCCUAACACUGCUGAAAGUGAAGGCGGCAAAGUAUCCGGAGCUAGCGAUCCACCGGCCCCGUUACGGGUGCCGGGCCAAGACGAUGAGCGCGGCUUCCUGAACCCCUUCACCCGCGACACGCAGCGCACCAGACGGGCCUCCAGCGCUGAGCUGCAGCUUCCCUGGACCUGCCCGGUCACACACACCCGGGAGAAAUUCUACACGGUGUGUUCGGACUAUGCGCUGCUCAACCAGGCCCGGCCCGUCCUCACCCCCAGAGACAUUCCCCAUCCCAGCAACGACGGCACGGCCUCAGUCAAACGGAGUCAAUUAAACACCACCGCCGGGGGAACACACGGACCUUCGGGAGGAGACUGUGAUAUAGAGGAGGUGUCCAGCAACUCCAAGCCGGUGUUAGCCUGGGAGAUCGACACCACUGACUUUGAUGCGGUUUUAACCCGGAAAGCAAAGACAAGCAAUCUUAAGAAAUUUGGCCUAAAGAAAAUGAAAUCGUCUGACCGAGCGAGCAGGAACGUCCUGGACCUUCCACCUCAAGCUUCUUUAGAAGAAAUCAAGCAGAGGAAAGUGCUGGACCUGCGCCGAUGGUACUGUAUCAGCCGGCCUCAGUAUAAAACCUCCUGUGGAAUUUCCUCACUCGUCUCCUGCUGGAACUUCCUGUACAGCACCUUAGGAGCGGGAAGCCUUCCACCCAUCUCUCAGGAGGAAGCUUUACACAUCCUCGGCUUUCAGCCUCCGUUUGAAGAGAUCAAGUUUGGACCCUUUACAGGCAACGCCACCCUGAUGAGAUGGUUCAGACAGAUAAACGAUCAUUUCCGUGUUCGAGGAUGCUCGUAUAUUCUGUACAAACCUCACGGGAAACACAAGACAGCAGGAGAGACAGCUGAGGGAGCUUUGCUGAAGCUGACCCAGGGAUUAAAAGAUGAAUCUAUGGCGUAUAUUUACCACUGUCAGAACCAUUACUUCUGCCCUGUGGGCUUUGAGGCGACACCGUUAAAAGCAGCUAAAGCGUACAGGGGAAUGCUGGCUCAGAAUGAAAUGGAACACUGGAUUCUCAUUGGUGAACCCAGCAGGAAACACCCUGCCAUCCACUGCAAAAAGUGGGCGGAUAUUGUGACUGACCUGAACACACAGAACCCGGAAUACCUGGACAUCCGCCACACAGAGAGAGGCGUUCAGUUUCGAAAAACCAAAAAGGUGGGAGGCAACCUACACUGUCUUAUGGCCUUCCAAAGGGUGAACUGGCAAAAAUUAGGACCCUGGGCACUAAACCUGGAGAACCUGAGGCACGAUAACCACCAACAUGGGGCAGAGCAGAGGAGCCAGCCUUCAGGAGGGGACGGCGUAGAGGACGGUGAGAGCAAACACGGGCGUCUGAGCCGCUCCCAUAGCACAGGAAACCAAAAGAUGGAACAAGGUUGGAAGCGCCUGUCCAACACUGCAGAGUUCAGACACAGAGGCUGCGCCGACAGCGACAUGGAUGAAGACAUCGCCGACUGAAAACGAACGGGUUUGGGUUGACCAUCGCUGGUGUUCCUCCGGUGCUCCUGUUAAUCCAGGAAUCAGAUGGUGAAUAAGGGUGGAUUUAUAAAAACGUGGCGAGGAACACGAGGCGAAUAUUUAAUGUGUUAGGUAUUUCAUUAGUGUCACUGUAGUCUUCUAGUGGACUUUAAAGGACAUCUGAAGCACAAAAUGGGCAAAAUUAGGUGUAUAAUACGUUACAAUCAACACACAAAAAAUGUUUUAGGUGCUUUAACAGGUGUAGAACAUAUUAAGAUAUAAUAAUGAAGGACGAAACUAGAAAGCUGCAACAAAAGCAUGUUUUUAUAAUAAUAAUAAUGUAGAGCAGCGGAUCCAAACCUUUUUUGCACCAUGGACCGGUUUCAUAUCAGAUAUAAUUUCACAGACGGGCGGGGACGGGAGGAUUUAAAAUAGAAUAACAAUACUACUCACAAAUAAUGAGCCUGAGCUUUUUACGCUGCAACGAGACACUGCUCCCACCUAGUGGUGAUAGGAGACGAUAACACCUGAAGUGUGUUGGAAAUGGAAGCAGCGUUUUCAUUGCUUUUCUAGUGAUUUAUAGAUUUAUUCUUUCUGUGCGGCACGGUAAUAAAUAGUUGGGGACCACUGAUAUAGAGGACUGGUGACGCAAAUGUAGACAUAAUCUUUAAGCCCAAUAAUUAUUUCGUUCAUUUUCAUUAUUUAGCAGACGCUUUUAUCCAAAGCGACUUACACAAUGAGCUGAACACGAUGAGCAAUUGAGGGUUAAGGGCCUUGCUCAGGGACCCAACAGUGGCAACUUGGUGGUGGCAGGGCUUGAACCGGCAACCUUCUGUUUACUAGUCCAGUACCUUAACCACUGAGCUAUCACUGGCCCUUAUCAACGUCAUUAGUUGAUUGUUAAGUGAUAACAAAGUCUUAAUAGGGCAGGAAACAAAAUCUCUGUCUCCUAAAUGCUGCGCUUAUAAAAUGAUGACUUAUUCGGCUGAUUUAUUUGCAAAGAGAUUAAAUCAGCUUAAAAUCUCUCCCUCCCGGUUUGGAAGUUUUUCUCUCCCUCCCGGUUUUAUUUCACUAGGUAAAUCAGACUUUGACACAACACAGUUACAGACAUUGUCUCUGAGACAGAUGUGUGAUAUCUGCACUAGCAGGCUUUCUUCUAUUCUCUUUAUUAAAAUAUCAGUUGUUGUGCCCUCGCAGGAUAUUCCGCUAGCACACAGGCGCAGAGAUUCUGAACCCGCCGUCUAGCGGCAUUAUUGGCAGUGCCUGCAGCAGACACGGUUCUGCUAGGGUGGGAUGACCGGACUAUGUGGGUGGGGUCUUCAAAGACUGUGUAAGAACCCUUAUUGGCAGAUAGAGACACGCCUGCGAGAGUGUAUAGGUGAAAAACGGUUCCGGUAAGGGCUGCGCGUGGGUCAGAGGAGUCGUGAGCAGCAAUAUACCCACCUCGACUGCAAUCAGGGAUCCACCAGCAGCGGAAGACAAAUUGACUACAUUAAAUUGGGGAGAAAAUGUAUAAAUAAAAUAUAUAUCAGUUGUUAGCUGCUGAAAAUAAAAAAACCCUGAUAUUUCAAACCUAAAGCAUUAAUUAAACAAUCAUUUGUUCAUUGUUUAUUGGUUAGUUUGGUAUUUAUUUACACCACAUUACAACUCAUCUGGUAACUAAAGUUAUAUUUAUGUUAGAAACUGCAUAUCGUGACUGAAUCAGUUCACAGUUCUUUGUAAAAGCUGUAAAAUAGCUUGUAAAAUGUGAUUUUUAUUCGAAAUUUGUUCCAUUAUGUCCAUGUCUACAGAUAUAAGUCUGAAAUCAGUGAGGAUUGGAAAUAGUU